AUGAGUAGAUUACAACCUCAACAACAACAAAGAGGUCGGUCAUCAUCAUUUAAAGAUAAUUUUCAAAUUCAAAAGCCAUUACAAUCAUUAACGCCAUCAGAACAACAACAACAACAACAACAACAACAACAACAACAACAACAACAACAACAACAACAACAACAACAACAACAACAAAAUAAUGCGAACAAUAAUAAUAAUAAUAAUAAUAAUAAAUUUAAUAACCAAUAUAUACAACAAAUGAAGAAUGUUGAAAAUGAUAUAAAAAAAUGGAUUGGAGAGAAAUGUAGUUCAUCAUUAUCCGAUGACUUUUUAGAGAAAGAUUUAAUGGAAUCAUUAUGUACAGGUACGAUAUUAUGUGUUUUAAUUAAUAUGAUUAAACAAGGUACGAUUCAAAAGAUUCAUUUACAACCAAAUUAUUUACAAAGAGUUGAAAACAUUAGAAAUUAUCUUAGAGCUUGUUGGUUAUUUGGAUUACAUUCGAAAUAUUUCUUUCCAAGUUCUUAUUUACUUAGUAUGACUAUUGAAAAUAAUGAUAAUUCUAAUUCAUCAAAAACAACUACAAAUAAUAAUAAUAAUAAUAAUAAUAAUAAUAAUAAUAAUAAUAAUAAUAAUAAUAAUAAUAAUAAUAAUAAUAAUAAUAGAGCUAUUAUCACAAGUCCAAAUAAAAAUGGGGGUGUUAAUACAAUGAUUGUAAAUUUAGAAUAUAAAGAAAAGAUCAUGAUAAAUUUAACAGAAUUAUGUAAAAUUUCAUUAAAAAUUAAAAAUUUUGGUAGUUUUUUACAAUUAUCAUCAUCAUCUUCUUCAACGCCACCUCCCCCAAUAAAUAAUAAUAAUAAUAAUAAUAAUAAUAACAAUAACAAUAAUAAUAAUAAUAAUGAUCUUUUAAUAAGCAAUAACAGUAGUAAUAUAUCUUCACCAAACUCAUUUUCCGAUUCACCAAUGGGAUUUUCAUCAUCUAUUAAUUCUAGCUCAAAUAAUUCAAAUUUAAAUACACCAAAUAAUUAUAAUAAUACAAAUAACAAUAACAAUAACAACAACAACAACAAUAAUAAUAAUAAUAAUAAUAUUAAUAAUCUAACACCACAAAUGAUUAUUUCUUCACCAACAUCGACAUCAUCAACUCCACCAUUACCACCAUGUGCAAAUAAUAUAAAUAAUAAUAAUUUAAAGAAAAGGACAAAAAUACCCAAAAAUAAUAAUAAUAAUAAUAAUAACAAUAACAAUAAUAAUAAUAAUAAUAAUAAUAAUAAUAAUAAUAAUAAUAAUAAUAAUAAUAAUAAUAAAAUUAUAAUAAAAAGAGAUUGUAAAAAAGUUUAUAGAAAAAGAAAAUCAUCAAAUUGUGAUAAUGAUGAUAAUGGUUCAAAUUCAGAUUCAGAUUCAUCAGAUUCAUCAGAUUCAUCAGAUUCAGAUUCGGAUUCAUUGUUAAGUAGUGAUGGUACACCAAUUAUUUUGUCACAAAGUAGUAAUCCAGAAUCUGUAUCAUUUAAAUCAUUUAUAAAGGAGAUAUUACAUUUAAAGAAUAUAAUAUCAAAACAAGAUAAAACUAUAACUUCUCAAAAACAAACCAUUGAAACAUUGGAAAAAGAUUUAGAAUUUCAAAAACAAUUAACAAAGAAAUUGUUGAGUUCACCAAUUGAUCUCUCUAAUUUCAUUGAAACCUCCUCUGACCCAAAUGGUGCUAUACCAGUAUCUAUACAAGCAUUCACUAGACAAAUUCAACAGAUUCAAACACUUCAACAACAAAAUCUAUCACUUGAAACUGAAUUAUCUAAAACCAAUGAACAUCUUUCAACUAAUAUAAGGAAAAAUUCAAAAUUAGAGAAUGAAGUAUUAUCAAUUGAAACAGAGUUAUUAAAUUUACGUAUGAAAUAUGCAAAUACUCUUUCAUCUUCAAAUUCAAAUGGAAAUAAUAAUAGCAAUAAUAAUAGUUUAGGUUGUAAUAAUAGUAUAAAUGGUAGUAGUAGUGGCGGUGGUGGUAAUAAUUCAUCUACUUCAAAAGGUACUUUAUCACGUACAAUUUCACAACCAUUUCCAUUAAGAAAAUCAAUUUCUCAUUCAAAUAUAAUAACCUCACCUGUCAAUUCACAUCAACAACAACAACAACAAAAUCAAUUAUCUCAAUCACAAACGACUUCACCAAAAAAUACUUCUGCAAGUUAUAAUAAUGGUAUUUUAAGUAAAUCUUCAAUUGUUAGUAAUACUAAUACUAAUAGUACAUAUAAAUUUGGUUCAUCUACUGGUAUAUUAAAAGUUUCUGCAACUCUUCAACAAAAACAACAACAACAACAGCAACAACAGAAUCAGCAACAACAACAGAAUCAGCAACAACAACAACAGAAUCAGCAACAACAGAAUCAACAACAACAGAAUCAACAAAAACAGAAUCAACAACAACAGAAUCAACAACAACAACAACAACAACAACAACAACAACAACAGAAUCAACAGCAGCAACAACAACAACAACAACAACAACAACAACAACAACAACAACAGAAUCAACAACAACAACAAAAUAAUCAAUUAUCACAAUCACAACAAUUACAACAACAACAAAAUCAACAAAUAAACAAUUUAAUAGAUUCACCAUUAAUAAUUUCAAAUUCAUCAAAUCAACAAAUUGAAUCAGAAUCAAUUGAAUCAGAUUCAGAUUAUGAUAAAGAUAUGGUAGAUUUUGGUAAAAAGAUAGUAUCAGCGUUAAUAUCAUCAAGUAAUCAUGUUGAAAUGAGUGAAAUUUAUAAAAUGAAUGAUAUACUGACAAAUGAAACAUCAAGAAGACAAAUUUGUAUAGUAUUGGAAGAGGAGACAAAAAUCAAUCAAUUAAAAUUACCAAUGAAUGAAAAUUCAUUCGAAGUUACACUUUAUCUUGUAAAUACAAUACUACAAUGUAUACACGAAGCACCAAGUAAAGAUUAUUUUAGUUUAAAGUUAAUAAUGGAAAGUAGUAGAAUACUUAAUAGAAAAAAAGUUAAUGGCUCUUGUGAAUUCAUUCAAGAGUUUAUAAAAGAUCAUCCAACUUGGAAAGAUAUUAAAUUUUGGGAAGAACAAUAUUGGGAUGAAUUAAUUAUAAAACAUCAACAAUUUAGUGGUAGUGGUAGUAGUAGUAGUAGUAAUACAGGUGGUUCAAUUGUAACAACAAUGACAACAACAACAACUGUAACAAGUGCAAUUACCUCUUCAUCAUCUACUACUAGUGAUGAUUUUGAUGUUGAUUAUACUGAAUUGGUUAAUACACUUUUGAUAUCAUAUGUAUAUAAUUUAGCAAGUUGGGGAUUAUCAAAGAGUGAUGUUAAAGAAUUUACAAUUUCAAUGUCAAAGAAAUCAUUCUUAAAAUCGAAUGAAUUGGAGAAACUUAUAGAGCAAGUAACUUCAACGGUUGAAUUAUCAUUUACCUCGGAUCAUAAUGUUUGUAAAGGACCACAUUCAUUCGUUUUGAAAAGUUUUAGAAUCAUAUCGGAAUGUAAUUAUUGUAGACAAUAUAUUUGGGGUGUUAGAGGUAUCGUUGCACGUGAAGCAUUUGAAUGUGUUGGAUGUAAAUAUAAAACUCAUAAGAAAUGUUUGAAAGAGGCAUCUGAAAAAACAUUUUGUUCAUCACCAAAUGUUGGUGCACCAUUCAAUGUUAAACAUGAAAUGCAUGUUGGUCUUGCAAUUCAAGGUUUACCCUCUGGUUGGCGUACUCUCUUACUUCAAUCUGGUUUUCAAGAUUAUGAAAUUCAACAACAUCAAGAAGAUGUAUUAGAUGUUUUAGAAUUUCAUCAUGUUUAUAAUGAAAAACAACAAAAUUCAAUUAAAUUAUUAACAAAUAAUAGUAAUAAUAAUAAUAAUAAUAAUAAUAGUAAUAAUAAUUUACAACAACAACAACAACAAAACCAACAAUUAAAACAAAAAUUAAAUAUAACUAAUAAUCAACAAAAUAAUACAAUAAUAAAUAUUAAUAUAACUUCACCUUCAAUUAGUGUUAAUAAUAAUACAUAUAAUAAUAAUAAUAAUAAUAACAAUAAUAAUGAAAUAAAUCCAUCAUCACCAAAUAAUAAUAAUAAUUAUUAUGAUUCAUUAUUAGAAAUUGAAGAACCAUCAUUUACAUUAAAAGAUUUAGUUUCAUUAGAAAAUCCUAUUGAUUUAUAUAAAGUAAGGGAGGUUGUUGGUGGUGGAUCAACAGGAAAAGUUUAUGUUGGUGAAAAUUCAAUAACUGGCGAAAAGGUAGCAAUUAAAAAGAUGAAAGUAGAUAAUAAUAAUAUUAAAAAUAUAAUUAAUGAAAUUAGUACAAUGAAAAAUUCAAAACAUAAAAAUGUAAUUAAAUAUGUUAGUUCACAUUUAGUUAUAAAUCAUAUUUGGUUAAUUAUGGAAUAUAUGUCUUAUGGUUCAUUAACUGAUUUAAUUAGUAACUGUAUAAAUAUUCAAUGUAAUGGUAAUAAUCAACAACAACAACAACAACAACAACAACAACAAACUUAUUUUAUUGAAUCACAUAUUGCAUAUAUUUGUCAACAAGUUUUACAAGGUAUGGACUAUAUUCAUAAAGGUCAUAGAACUCAUAGGGAUAUAAAGAGUGAUAAUAUUUUAUUGGGUAAAGAUGGAAGUGUAAAAAUUGCAGAUUUUGGUUUCGUUGCAAAUUUAACUAGAAAGAAACUUCAAAGAAAUAGUGUUGUUGGUACACCCUAUUUUAUGGCACCAGAAUUAAUCAGAGGUAAUCAAUAUAAUCAUAAGGUUGAUAUUUGGAGUUUAGGUAUUUUAGCAAGAGAAUUAUCAGAAGGUGAACCACCCUAUGCAAAAUAUCCACCAGUUAGAGCAUUAUUUUUAUUAACUUUAGAAGGUGUACCAGAUUUUAAAGAACCAAAUAAAUGGUCAUCUGAUUUCAUCGAAUUUGUUAAUCUAUGUUUAAAUUUAGAUGAUAAAAGAAGACCUGAUGCUCAUUACCUUUUAAGACAUCCUUUCUUAAAAAAAGCUUGUUCUUCAAGAGAAUUUGCUGAUAAAGUUGAAGAAAUUUAUAAUACUCGUAAAAAUCAAUUCUCUGAUAUUAAUUUUAAUUUUUAA